GCUGUGAUGCACCUGCGAUACCGGGAGUGAGCGCUUUUGGUCUGCUCUGUUCUGCGCUCUGGCUGUGCUUGUUUUUCGUUCUUGGCGCUGCUAAUGUAAAAAUGCACUCUCUUAGCCAGGAAAUCAAAUCCUUCUCCCGGAAUAAUCUCCGGAAACAAUGCACCCGGGUCACCACGGUAACUGGAAGGACAAUGCUAGAAACCUGGAAAGAUGCCACAAUGCAGGUGGUGGAAGUAGAGCCCGUCGGUGGGGGCGGUUGUGGUUUCGUCCAGGACCUUAGCUUGGACUUGCAGGUUGGCGUGGUUAAGCCCUGGUUGCUCUUGGGGUCACAAGAUGCUGCUCAUGACCUGGAUACAUUGAGAAAGCACAAGGUGACUCAUAUUCUUAAUGUUGCAUGUGGAAUUGAAAAUAUAUUCCUUGAUGACUUUAUAUAUAAAAAUGUUUCUAUACUGGAUUUGCCUGAAACCAAUAUACUAUCUUAUUUUCCAGAAUGUUUUGAAUUUAUAAAACAAGCAAAAAUAAAGGAUGGAGUGGUUCUUGUUCAUUGUAAUGCAGGAGUUUCUAGGGCUGCAGCCAUUGUCAUAGGUUUUUUAAUGGAUUCUGAAGAAAUCUCAUUUUCUAGUGCCUUUUCUUUGGUGAAAAAUGCAAGGCCUUCUAUCUGUCCAAAUUCUGGUUUCAGGGAGCAGCUUCGUGCAUACCAAGAAAACAAAGAAAACGCGAAGUGUGAGAGCGUAACGGAGUUGGACGGAUGCAAUAGUUCACAAGAAACAGUCUAGAAGAUGAUUAAUGAUUGUGAUUUCUGAAUUGGCAUCUAUAGACAUCUUUCCCUCUUUUAGAGGG